AGUCGUCGCCCUGCAUCGCGGGGCUCCGUCUUCCGCGUUCUCGCGAGAUCUCCGCGUCAAGUCUCCCAUCUCCGCCUUUCCGGCGCGUUCGCUUCGCGGCGGUGAGAUGCAUUCAGACGACAUUGUUUGGGAUACUCUUGGCAACAAACAGUUCUGCUCAUUUAAGAUCAAAACAAAAACUCAAAGCUUUUGCCGAAAUGAAUUUAAUAUAACAGGCCUGUGCAAUCGCUCGUCCUGUCCCUUAGCCAACAGUCAAUAUGCUACUGUGAAGGAAGAGAAAGGACAAUGUUAUCUCUACAUGAAGACCAUUGAAAGGUCUGCUUUUCCGAGUCGGCUCUGGGAACGAGUCCGGCUGAGCAAAAACUACGAAAAAGCAUUAGAGGAGAUUGAUGAGAAUCUCAUCUACUGGCCCCGCUUCAUCCGGCACAAAUGCAAGCAGCGCUUUACCAAGAUCACCCAGUACCUGAUCCGAAUCCGCAAGCUGACACUGAAGAGACAGAGGAAACUUGUUCCGUUAAGUAAAAAGAUCGAACGGCGUGAAAAAAGGCGAGAGGAAAAAGCCUUAGUUGCAGCUCAGCUGGACAAUGCAAUUGAAAAAGAAUUAUUGGAGAGACUCAAGCAGGAUACGUAUGGUGAUAUCUAUAACUUCCCCAUCCAUGCCUUUGACAAAGCUCUGGAGCAGCACGAAGCUGAAAGCGAAAGUGACUCGGAGGCAGAGAAAGAGGCGGAGGUGGAAGAGGAAGACUUGAACAAGAGGGAAUAUGUGGAAGUUGACGAGAGUGACCUCAGUGACUUUGAGGAAAUGGACAAACUGGCAACGAGCAGUGAGGAGGCGACAUCCAGCGAGGAGGAAGAGAAAGAUUCCAAGUCUAAGGGAAAAACCCUGCUGAAAGGGCCAUUCAGGAGGAAACGAGCUUAUGUGGAAAUUGAGUAUGAGCAGGAAGUGGAGCCCCCGUCCAAAUGCAAAGAGACGUGACUUGGGAGUCGCGGGCAACAAAUGCUCGCGCUGUGAAGUGACCGUGUGUGUUUUCACCCAUGGAACUGCCGUGAGGCUUUUUGUAUGAGAGAGACCAAGGAAUAACCAGACUAGAACACAAA